CGGGGAAGGCCACGCUCACUAAAUGGACUCAUAUCCAAGGGCCAGCGAGGAGCGGCGACCAUGGGGCCUGAGAACACAGCUCAGCCUUCCAAGGACACUGCCCUUCUCCGGCGGAGGAGGCACAAGCCGGAGGCGGCAGGGACAGGAAUCAAUCCGAAAGCCAUGUCCCAAGGCUUGGUGACAUUUGGGGAUGUGGCCGUGGACUUCUCCCAGGAGGAGUGGGAGUGGCUGGACUGCGCUCAGAGGACCCUGUACAGGAGUGUGAUGCUGGAGAACUACAGGAGCCUGGUCUCGCUGGGACUUUGCGUUUCUAAGCCCGAGAUGAUCUCGUCACUGGAACAGAGGAAAGAGCCGUGGACGGUGAAGAGAAAGUGGACGCGAGGCCAGUGCCCAGACUCAGAGGCUGUGCCGGAGACCAGGGAGUUCUGUGCGGAGAGGAGCCCCGGUGCGGAGAGGCUGGCGGAGACCCUGACGAGCCCUGGGCGCCCCGCGUCGGGGCAGAGCUCCUGGGGACUACGGUGCUCGGUUUGAGGGGCGGCCGGUGAGUCAGGAGGCAGCGGGGGCUGAGACACGCUGGCGGUAACUUGCAGGAGGUGGGCUCUGCAGGACUUCGGUCGGGCGUUUACAGAGGCAGAGGCGGGGAGUCCCGGUAGCCUCCUUGUUUCAGUGGGACAGGGUGAACAGACACAGCGUCCCUCGUCAAGAAACCCCUCUGUGGGAGAGAGACGGCGUUGCGGUGGCUGGUCCUGUGUGAACACGGGGCUCCCUGUAGGUAGAGCAGCCCCAGAAGAGAGAGAACACCCAGUCCCCACACACGAGGGAAGUGGGGCAGUGAGACAGAAAUUGGUCUGUUUAAACCAGAAGCAUUCAGUGUGGAAUGAAUGAGAAAACUGAGCGGGAUCCCAGCCCUUCCUUUGCAUCAGGGUUUCACCUGAGGGAAAACUGUGCAGACCUAGUUGGAUAAUGUGUGUUGACUGGGGGAGGCCUUCGCCGAGCUUCAGAAAAUCCACACUGUGUGUAAAUUCAUUCUCGUCCACGGAGUUACAGCUUCUCCGUGGCAGAAGCAGUCUGCCCUGUUUUUCUUUCUUUUUUUCCACCCAAACAUCCACGAAGUCGCUAGCUCAGUCGUUACGUGACCUGGAUCACGCAGAGCCUAGUGGGGAUUCUCGGUACAGAGCACCUCUCACGGCCAAGGCCCGGGCCGCCCUCCACAGCCGCCGUGGGUUCACCAGCGCGGCUGGAGACAGGCGGGCUUGCGCUG